AUGCACCAGUCAGUCGCCGUGAAGUCCAAGCAAUAUUUAGCCGAACUUUCCCGACACAAUUACAUCACCCCGAAGAGCUACCUGGAGCUGCUGGGGAUCUACUCCAAUCUGAUCGGAAAAAAACUGAUGGAGAUCAAAACUGCCAAAGAUCGGAUGAAGAGCGGCCUGGACAAGUUGCUUCACACAGCUGAGGAUGUAGCUAAGAUGCAGGAAGAGUUGGAGAUAAUGCGCCCCCUACUGGAAGAGGCAGCACAGGACACUGUGACAACAAUGCAAAAAAUUGAGGAAGAUACGGUGGUGGCGGAGGCCACUCGAGCCUCAGUACAGGCAGAGGAGGCCAAAGCCUCGGAGAAGGCGCGCAAAGCCCAGGAAAUUGCAGAUGAUGCCCAGAAG